AUGUCCGAAGCGAGUGCUUGAGUUCUCACGUUUACAAUGAAGCGAAACAUUAAUUGGACUCUUGAUGAAUAAUAAAUCGAGUCGGAUGCUACAUUUGGAGAAUGCGAAUGUGAUAUAAAAGGAUGCGUGAGGGUGGUGUGUGACGAAACAAGGCAGUGAGUGGCGGAUGAGGCGAGGCAGCGUGUACAGUGUCAGCGAAGGAUUGGAGCGGUGCGCUUGCGUCAGGUAGCGCGGGCGCGGGUGCGGGUGCGGGUGCAGCCAUGGCCGGCUGAUGGAGGCAGGCUGGUGGUCACCGUCGGCCUCGCCGCCGCCGCCGCCCCGCGCCCCCCCGCCUCGCUGCCGCUGCCGACACCCCUUCUCUACUAGCUACACCUGCUUGCCGCAUUACGAUGGAUGGCCAGACGGGGAAGAGGAAUCCACAGGAGGAGCGCUUCGGGAACGCGAGCUGCGGUCACUGCACCGCACCAUCCCCGCGCUGCGGAGAAGAGAACUCGACACCCGGGCUAUCAAGCACCACUUCUAUCCUGAGGGAGGAUGGGGAUGGAUCGUUUGUGGAGCGGCCUUUCUUGCACACUUAUUGUCAACCGGACUGCAGCUGGCUUACGGAGCGCUACACGUUUACGCUUUGAAACACCUUGGACCAACCGCAGAUCAUGCCGUGUGGGCCGGAGCUAUUUGCGUGGGAGUGUCCCGCGCUGCCGGUGCUCUUGUAGCGGGACGGAGACGGUCACCAAGGCUCGUGGCUUUACUCGGGGGCUUACUGCUACCUUUGGCCUGCCUCUUCACAUCCUUCGCGACACAGUUACAUCAAACGUUACUAAGCUACGGGGUUGUACUUGGCAUUGGAUGCGGCUUAGUAAGAGAAGCAGCAGGCCUAGUACUUGGAGCAUAUUUUCGUAGAAGAAGACAAUUUGUAGAACUAGUGGCUCAUGCUGGCGGUGGUGUAGGCAUUGCUCUGUUUAGCGUUGCAUACAAAGAAGCAGUUGGAAAGCUUGGUUGGCGAUUAGGAUUGCAAGCGGUCACGGGAGUUUUAGUCUUGGCAUUUUUUCUAAGUGCUGUUUACCGCAGUGCCUCUUUAUACCAUCCUCAACGCAGAGCUAUAUUACAUUUAAAAAAUCAACGUCGAAAGGUGAAGGAAAAAAAGGGUAUAAAACGACCUCCACUUAUUGAUCUAAGCCCACUUCAAUCUCGACCCGCGAAAGUUUUGUUGUUGGCCGCCGGAUUAGCGGCUUUCGGACUUUAUACCCCAGUAUUUUUUCUGGCUUUACAGGGAUUUCAGGAGGGCUUAGAGGAGAGUGCUUUGGUGCUGCUACAGACGUUUUUGGGAUUCGCAGCGGUGCUCGGGUGUGCAGGCUUUGGACUCGUUCUUGUACGACCUUCGGCGCAAUGUCUGGUCUCUAAGCAGUACUUAUGUCAAACAGCGAUGCUCGGUAUAGGCAUCUCAAUGCUCGCUCUGAGCAGCGUCGAAGGUUACCACGGCUAUGUCCUUUUCGCGUGGAUGUACGGGCUAUGUCUCGGCGGAUAUCUGUAUUCCCUGAAAAUGCUGACGAUGGAAAGGGUUCGUGGUCGACACUUCACUAAAGUUUGGGGUUACGUUCAAGGAGCCGAAGCAAUCCCUGUUAUAGUAGGCGUUCCCGUAACAGGCUACAUAAACCAGCAAGCUCCCAGAGCGGGAUUCUAUUUUUCGACGGCGGCAACAUUGGCGGGCGCGUUCCUUUUGUUUUUCGUUGGAUUUUCGAAACGUGAGCCGGAACCCCCUCCGCCCGCUGCCGCUCCCUCCAUAUCGGAGUCCUGUCGGUGUACGAGUCCCCUGCGGUGCGGGGCAGGGGGCGCGUGGUGCGCGUGCGGUGCUGGAGGCGCGGCCGCAUACUGUGCGUGGCCGGGACCAGCUUGCGGUGCGCGGCUACCCAAAUCAUUGUCGUACGCAGCACCUUUAGAUAGGGCAUGCUGCUCGGCUACGCACUGCCCGGACUGUUACCGUCAAACGGUGCCAUUGCGUUCAUCCCGCAGCGUCCCAGAGGGCCUGGCGACGCGCACAUCAUCGUGGGGUCGCGCCGGCUCUUGUCGCGGUGCGUGCCGGCGACGUGAACAUCAUCUCAUAGAACAAAUCACUACAUCUGUUUGAAUGAUGUAUACAAAUUUUCGAAUUUAUCGUUCGAUCCAAUCAUUUAACGUGACGCGGACGUCUGGACA